CACUUUUAGGCUGUCUUUUGCUUUAAACAUAUCUAUUUUGAACACCAGAUAUUCGAAGGUCGAAGAUCAUCAUCAUCAUCGAACAGGUGAGAAAGUAGAAAUGAGGGGAAAGGAACCUGUGACGCGGAAGGAUGAACAAUGUGAAGAGAGCUAUUCGUCACCAUCUUCAUCAUCAUCUUCUGAUUACGACGAGUUUUUUUCGUCUGCGAAAUCUUCCAUCGAUAAACUUUAUAAGCGACUUAAUGAUACGGAAGCGGACUUGGUUAGAGAGAAAAGAGAUAAUAAAGAAUUGGCUGAAAGAAACAAAAAAUUAGAGGAGCAGCUCAGGAGGGCUAAAGAACGAGAAGAAUCUAGCAAAAACCUAAAGGAGGAGCUCAAGAGAGAUAAAGAAGGAGAAGAAUCUAGCAAAAAAAAUCUCGAACAAACAAAAAAUAAGCUGCGGAAGCUGUGUACAACAUUUGCAGAAGAAUGUGAUCAAACAUGUAAUCAACAAGGAGCUUCACAAUCUUCUAAGAGAAGAAAAUAUUGUCUUAAGGUUGGCGAGGUUAAUGGCUUGUUCAAUUGUCCAAUUUGCUUCCAACCAUGGAAUCAAUCAGAAGAACAUAAUUUCUGUUCUCUUUCCUGUGGCCAUUUCUUUGGAAGAUCAUGCAUAACAAAAUGGAUUUCAAGAGAUGGAAGUCGUGGUUCCUCCACUUGUCCAGUAUGCUCUAGUAGAGUUUCUUUAAGUGAUAUAAGACAUCACUAUGUAUCCCAGAUUUAUGAUGGGGCGAUGAAGUUUGCACAGGCAGAGUAGUCAAUUCUAUUGAUAUACUUUACCAAAACAUUUGUAAUAUUAUCUAUAUUAAGGGAGAUCGGUGCUUUUAUAUCUGACUAUAUUUAGCUUAAAUUUUGAAAAUCUUGUAAAUGGGUCACUGGGGACUACGAAAGAUAUAAUUUUGAAUUAUUCAGGAAAUCGUUCUAAUUUAGAUGGUAAACUUAACACAUUUCCUCUAUUAUUAAAAUUGACAUGCACAUGUGAAAUUGCAUUAUAUUGCUUUUUUAAAUACAAUAAUAGAGAUUUUUUAUUUUAUUUCUAA